UUCAAGCUUCACUAGCAGCCAUUUUUUUAAUGUGCGUCCGGAUCCCGCUUCCGCUCAUUUCUCUCCUAAACCCGCUUUUAACACCGAUUAAUAACGGAUAUCACCGGCAAACGAGCUUCGAACUUUAAUCGCCUUCAUCGCAGAGAAGAAAACGACCGUUAAUUUGGGAGUCUUCGUCGUCAUGAAUCCUGAAUAUGAUUACCUGUUCAAGCUCCUGCUGAUCGGAGACUCGGGCGUGGGGAAGUCCUGUCUUCUGCUGCGUUUCGCUGACGACACGUAUACAGAGAGCUACAUCAGCACGAUCGGAGUGGACUUCAAAAUCAGGACGAUAGAGCUCGACGAAAAGACCAUCAAACUACAGAUCUGGGACACGGCCGGCCAGGAGCGGUUUCGCACCAUCACGUCCAGCUACUACAGAGGAGCUCACGGGAUCAUCGUUGUUUACGAUGUCACGGAUCAGGAGUCCUUCAACAACGUCAAACAGUGGCUUCAGGAGAUCGAUCGCUACGCUAGUGAAAACGUCAACAAGCUCCUGGUGGGAAACAAGUGUGAUCUGACCACUAAGAAAGUUGUGGAUUACACUGCAGCGAAGGAGUUUGCGGACUCUCUCAGCAUCCCGUUCCUGGAGACGAGCGCGAAGAGCUCCAGUAAUGUGGAACAGGCCUUCAUGACCAUGGCGGCGGAGAUCAAGAGGAGAAUGGGCCCCGGGGCCACCACGGGAGGCCCCGAGAAAUCCAACGUCAAGAUUCAGAGCACGCCGGUCAAGACGUCCUCCGGAGGAUGCUGCUGAGACCCAGCGACAGUAACGUUACCAACCAUACGCCACAGCUGUGUUAGCAGGAAGUGAGUGAGUGUGUGUGUGAGAGAGAGAGUGUAUGUGCAAUAAAGACUGAGAAUAUUAAAGAAAAGGAGAGUAAGAGAGGAUCAAAUUAAACAUUGCCUGAUAUUGAAUCAUGCAUGCACAUGGAUGCAUGACCAGACAAACACGCGUCCAACCAUCUGCCGGCUUAACGGCUCAAAUUCCGUAUGCUCUUUAGACAAGCAUCCAAAAGCACUUCCGGACGCCGGCGUUUUUAGAGGAGCGCCACCAGGUUUGGCUUUGAACUUCCUCUUUGGAACUUUGAAGGAAGCGGUGGACUGUGAUGUCAUAACUGACCUCGGAACAGCGGGUUCCGUUACUAUGGCUCCCAGUGGGGUUGCUACGGCGACCUCUCCUUCUCUCUCGUUUGGUGGACCGUUCGCCUGUUUGGCCAUUUCUUCUGUUUUGUUUUUUAUCUGUGCUCUGCAGCAUUUCAGUGGUCCUCUGAGCGUGACCAACGCGACACUUACAGUGAGCUAGUCAUGUUUCUGACCUGUGCUAAUUUGCCACAUUUCUAACCGCAUUAUCAUCCUCUGCUAUUUUUUUGUGGUAUAAUCAAGAACCGAAUCCUGGGCCGCUGUCGUCGUUUACUCUCCCUCAGGUUGUUCCACAGCUGUAUGAGUUUCUUUCUUCUGUUGAUCACAAAAGAUGUUGGUUAUUUAGUUGCCGGUAGCCAUUCACUUCCAUAGUGUGGGGAAAAAAAUACUGUGGAAGUCAAUGGAUACCGGCAACUAUUUGGUUCUCAACCGUUUUCAAAAUAUCUUCUUUUGUGUUCAACAGAAGAAAGAAACUCUGACAGGUUUCGUACAACAUCGGGGUGAAGAAAUGAACUAUACCUUUAAAUGUCUAUAUUAUCAAUUAGUUACUAUUUCUCUUAAUUAGUUUUGAUGCUUAUACAUCAUGUAUAUUAUAUGGAAGCUUGUUUUUGUAUCCAUGGGAUAAAAAAAUAAAACGGUAAGUGCAACUUUUUACC